AUGGAAUUCAAUCUUAAACUAGUGACCGAUCUUGAUACGGCUGCCGAUUAUAUCAAGGGAAUCGUUUGGACGAUUUUCUUCAAUAGAUUGUUUGGAUUUAUUGUACCUCAAGAUGGACUUAACUUUUUGGGGGUCCCUUAUCCUACCACAGAUCUUCCCGAACUCGACCGACUGAUCGAAUCAAAAAUCGAGUGUAUUAUGGGGGAGCUAAAUAAAGGGGAAAAGGAAUAUAAUGAUCAAUUGCUUUACAAGUGUGUUAUUGUGGUGAAGUUCUAUGAGAAAGCUGUGAUGUUAGACAAUAAUAGCAAUGGAUUACAGGACCGACAGGGAAGUAAUAAUGUAAGCACAAGCUCUGCAUCAUCUUCGUCGAUUCUAAUGCCUCGAAGAACUAAAAAAUAUCAGAACUGCUGGGAAAAAUGGAUAUUGAAAGUCACCAUCUUGAACAAUCACAAUACCAAAAUGCUUGAGACCGAUACCAAUUCAAGGCUUGAUUUCUUCAAGGAGGACUUUGAAAAAAACAUGUUUAAGUUGUUCGAUUACGUUGAUAAGAACAGAAGCCAUAUACCACCAAUUCAAUCUGUGGAUAAGGCUCCGUUUCCCUACAAAAUCUUGUUUGCAUUGAACACUCACGAACCAAAGUCAUUGGAGAGUGCGUUUGCCAGUUUCGAGAUGUCAUCUAAAUCUACCUUGGAAACUGGGACCAACAUCGGUUCUGGAUCUGCUUCUGGAUCUGUUUCAGGAAGCCUGGCCAGCCUGGAAUACGUUACUACAACUGAAGAAGGCGAUCUCAUAUUGACCACCACACCACUACAGCAUGAACAGAAAGAUGCAAAUACUAAUCCAAACUACAGACCAAACAUUCCAUCUGGUGAAGAACUCCUCCGUAAUGGCUACAAGUUCAUAAAGAAAUUUCUUGAAUAG